AUGGUUUCUACAGACAGGUGAAACAGAUCAGUGGCGCUCAUAACAAAGCAGAGACAAACCCCUCCACAAAAGCAAAGAAGAGGCGGAGCAGCGCACGUGGCAUGGCUCCCAGUGUGGACUCCCAGCAGAGUGUCACAGUGGUUUUGUUUCAGGAUCAGCACACCCUCAUCUCUUCUGGGGCUGUUGACGGAGUAAUCAAGAUGUGGGAUCUGAGGAAGAACUACACGGCGCACCGUCAGGAUCCUGUUCCGCUGCAGACGUACCCAUACCCGGGUUCUUGCAUGCGCAUGCGUCUGGGUUAUUCCGGACUUGUUCUGGACUCCACGCGAUCCAACAUCAUGUGCAACUGCACUGACGACAGUAUCUACAUGUUCAAUGUCACUGGAAUAAAAACGACUCCAGUGGCAGUUUUCAGUGGCCACCAGAACUCCUCAUUUUAUGUGAAGUCCACUAUUAGCCCGGAUGACCAGUUCUUGGCCAGUGGCUCAAGUGACAAUAACGCAUACAUCUGGAAGAUCUCUGAUCCUAAACAUCCUCCCAUGAUGCUCCAAGGCCAUAGCGAGGAGGUGACAUCUGUUGCAUGGUGCCCAACAGAUUUUACUAAGAUUGCUUCUUGUUCUGAUGACCACACUGUACGGAUCUGGAGGCUUCACAGGGAAAUGGAUGGAGCACAGUCUUCAGUGGGAGAGGCCAACCUUGUGGGCUGGGCACGUCCUAAGUCUCCCUCAAGGUCUUCAGUCCAAGCUGAAACGACUCCUGCCAAGACCCAGAGGACAGAGAGUCUUGGUGGCCUGGCGUCACCCCAGCUUGCUGCUUGUGCUCCCAGUGGAGCCUCCCUGCCUCUGCCCUCCAGCACCACCUCACCUAGCCCUUCUCAGGACGCUAAGACUGCUGCUGUUCGCCAGAGAACACCAUCAUCUAUCAAACAGUGGCUAUCCCCGAGCCGUGGAUCCCCCCGUCAGGUGAGCCUUCUGCUCCGUAGGGUACUGAGCCCAUGUCACCAGAGCCCUGCGAGCAGCACCUCUCCCACAGAACGACGGGCCAAGCGCAGGCUGGAGACUGGCAGCGGAGCAUCUACAAGCUGCGAGAGAGCAGAACAGUGUGACUGUGUUACUGAACUCUACCCCGAGGCCAAGAAAAUCCGGACCCUGUCAGGAAUCUGCUGCCCUGCUCAAGAGAGCCGGGUACAAACAGACUGUCACACGGAGGACAACAAGCAAGCCUCAUCGAGACAGACUGGGAAGGAGAAUUUCUCUCCCAGAGCAAGUGACUGGUUGUCAGUGAUGGGCCAAAAGAUGAAGACAGGUCAUGGAAGCCCUAAUACUCCCAGAAGCCCCAGUGCCUCUAAGAAACAAGAAGGCAAGACACCAGCUUCACCAACCAUCUGCUCACCACAAACCAUGAAGAAAAUCUCCACAUAUUUCACGAGAAGGCCUCUGGAAUGACCACGUGUGCCAGUCAGAUGCUCUGUUUAAAAUGUUGUAUUUUUUUUUAUUUUUGAGUAUUAUUUUUAACCUGAACCCACAGAAAAUAAGCCUCUAAGAACACUAUAUAUGUCCAGACUACGAGUACAGGAACCUGGGCUGCAUAGAGAUAGACAAAACCGUCAUUCUGAAUAUUUGAUGCUGCGGUUUUCACAUCCCAAAAGGCUGCUUUAUUUUAAUUGGGUCAUAGGUUUUGCAGUUGCCUCCUACACAUUUUCCAAUGCUUUGCAGAAUCUUUGGUUGGAAAAAUGAAGUUGCAUGUUGUUGAGUAAAUCUUUCAUUUUACUCAAACCCUAUAACUUUAAGAGUUUUAUAUUAUGUUUAAUACAAGAACCCACAUUUAACAAAGUUGUUCAGGAGGUUAAUCCUCAAGUGCAGAGAAAAAUAUUUGUCUGCAAAUAUGGACAUUUUAAAGUCUGCUAAAAAAAAAAAGACUAUUAUUUGAUACUCAUCUUACUCACAUUCAUUUUAUGAACUUCACUAAGAUGUAUCGCUUCAUCUCUUUGUGUUUUUUUUUUUUUUUUCAUGUGUGGAGUUUGACAGUUUUCCUUCUGUGUUACACAUACAAUUCUGCAAAAUGUUUUUUUUUUCUUGAGCAAAUGCUUAAGUUGUUUAUAUGUACAAAAUAACCUUGCUUGGUUCAUUUGUAUUUAAUUGUCACAAAUUUGCUGUGGUCAGAUUUUAUUAAAUUGAAAAUUGUUUUCAAA